UUUAUUACCUUCAUUACUUUUAUUUUAUAUUUCACUUUAUUACUUUACUUAUGUAGCAACAUGGACAGCGACUUUUUCUGUACCGAGUGUCAGAUUCCAUUCACAGCUCGUAGCUCCUUGUAUCGCCACAUAAGACAAAAACAUGACAAAGAGCCAAGAGCUGUUUAUCCCAAUGCGUGUGCUUUCUGCCUUAAAACUUUUAAAUUUAAAUAUUUAUUAACUCGUCAUGUGAGCCAAGUUCAUAAUAAUAUCCCUAACCCUUCACCUGCCCAAUCUUCUUCGGUAUCUUUUGAAGACAUUACACACCUUUCCUCCUCCACUAAAACAAAUAUAAAGCAUCCUUCUUUACCCACCUCAUAUACUACUACAUGCUUGACAUCACCUUACAAUUUACUAUCACCCACAUCAGAUCCUCUUCACAAACAUCCCCACGUAAGUUUAUUGCCGCAUCCUUGCACUUCCUCUAUUAAAGUUCAAAUUCACACGCCUCCCAUUCCCUGUUCCCCAAUCAGUACUAAGGAAAAUUUUACAGGUACACCAUCAAGGAAAUCCAGAAUAAGAUGUCCACUCCCUCCCUGCUCCUCUGUUUUUUCUAGGUACACAGGUUUAUACGAUCAUAUUGAGUUUUAUCACAAAACUACAAUUGAUUAUGAACAGUUUGUGUUUCAAAACAUUAAAGAUUUUGAAUUGUGGAAAACGGACAUAGAGCGGAAAGAGUUUUCGCAUUAUGUAAAAUGCAAUUCAGGAUAUAAAUCAAAAACUGAUGACAAGACAAUUUAUUUCGAUUGCCACAGGUCAUAUACAAAUGACCAAAAACCCACUGUACGCUUGUUUACUAAAACGAGCAACAAAACCGGAUAUGCUUGCCCAUCAAGGAUUGGUUGUACUAUUAAUCACAAUGGAACAGUUCAUGUUGAAUUUUGGAAGACACAUGUGGGACACAGUCAAGAUAUAAAAUUUAUUUCGUUAGAUAAGAACCUGAAAGAACAUAUCAAGGAAAAAGUAAUCAGAUCACUUAAAGAUAAAAAUAGGCAAAAAUAUCGGACUGAACUUAAGUUUAUUACAUUACUAUACAUAUGCUAG